UGGCAGACACUAGAUUUCGCUCUAAAAAAGUAACCACCUAAGUAUCAACUUGCUUUCAGAAUUAAAAUCAAUUAAUUAAUUUGACAAUGACUCAGCUGGUCUGUGACAAUGAGUGGGUCAUAAUUCAAAGAAGGGGUACCCCAACUCCGCUAGGGAAGGAAAGGACGGAUUUUGAAAGAAUUUGGGAAGUUUAUGAAAAUGGAUUUGGCAGCCUUGACGGAGAUUUCUGGCUCGGUUUAGAAACCAUUCUUGGCCUCACGUUGGAAGGAUAUACACAGUUACGCGUGGACCUCGAAGACUGGGAGGGGAAGAAGUACGCGAUGUAUGACGUCUUCAGAGUUGCUGAUGCCCAGGAGAAGUACAACUUAACGGUGGAUGGAUACUGGGGAACGGCAGGUGAAUGAUUGCCAAUGCUGCCUAAAAUUUGUGUAGCGGGUCACGUUACGUGUGAUGGAUACGCCAACCAAGCUAUGAUACCGAGAUCCGGAAGAGCGGUUUACAAUUGACCUGUCGACAAAAUAUUAAUGGAUUUUUCUACGACACGUUUUAUACAUCUACGUUAGGUUAGGAGUGGUCAGAAUAAACGUCGACGUUGAGUUGUUGACGAGUCCGUUGUCGACAAGACUACUGUCGACUAAAAAUACUUCGACAUUGCACUUGUCAACCCCUAUUGACCAACCUUAUGCCAGCAUACCAAUUGUGGAACGAAAAUCCCUAUAGAUCUUGGAACAUUAAUUAGAAAAUCAUAGAACUGAUUUGUACAAUGUGUAGAAAACUCAAUUAUUAAGUAGCGCAAGCUACUUUA